ACACAUGCCAAUGAACCUUGGAACGCCGCGUGCAGCCCCAAGGCUCCAUGGGGCCAAGGAGCGGGCACCUGCUGGGAGGCAGCCCCGAGACGGGUGCGCUUCUGCGCCUCUUCCAGAGGUGAAUGAGCCCCAGGGACACACCUCGUCGUGCGGAGGAGCAGCAGAGCCACCAGCGGAGACCAGCCCAGCCAGCCAGUGAACGCCCGAUGCCCCCUCCACCUGGCCCUCCUGGGUCCCUGCCAUGCUGAUCACCGUGUACUGCGUGCGGAGGAACCUCUCCGAGAUAGCCUUCACCCUCCAGGUCACCCCUGACUUCGAGCUCCGCAACUUCCGCGCCCUCUGCGAGCUGGAGUCCGGAGUCGCGGCUAAAGACAUGCAGCUCAUCCACAUGGAGCAACUCCUCACCGACGACAACAGCUCCCUGGAGUCGUAUGGCCUCAAAACCGGCGAUGUAGUUGUCUUACUCGAGAAGGACAGUGUGGCAUCCCGGCCUCCGGGACGAACCGCGAAGCAGUCCCGCAUAGAUUUCAGUGGCAUCGCUGUGCCCGGGACGUCCAGCUCGCGGCAGCAGCAGCAGAAGCAGCAGCAGCAGCAGAAGCAGCAGCAGCAGCAGCAGCAGCAGCAGCAGCAGGAGAAGCAGCAGCGCACCCCACCAGCAGCCCAGCAGUCCCACGGCCUGGCCAGCGGAGAGAAGGCAGCAUCUUCUCAAGGUCUGGACAGCCCCACCCUGAUCCGCAGCAUGCUGCUGUCCAACCCACACGACCUGUCCCUGCUGAAGGAACGCAACCCCCUCCUGGCAGAGGCUCUGCUCAGCGGGAACCUUGAGACGUUUUCCCAGGUCCUGAUGGAGCAGCAGAGGGAAAGGACUUUGAGAGAGCAAGAGAGGAUUCGCCUCUUCUCUUCUGACCCAUUCGAUCUGGAAGCUCAGGCCAAAAUAGAAGAAGAAAUCCGGCAACAAAACAUCGAAGAAAACAUGAACAUAGCCAUGGAGGAGGCUCCCGAGAGUUUCGGACAAGUGGCCAUGCUCUACAUUAACUGCAAAGUGAAUGGACAUCCUCUGAAGGCUUUUGUUGACUCGGGUGCCCAGAUGACCAUUAUGAGCCAGACUUGUGCCGAGAGAUGUAACAUCAUGAGGCUGGUGGAUCGACGAUGGGCUGGGAUUGCUAAAGGCGUGGGCACGCAGAGAAUUAUUGGCCGUGUUCAUCUAGCUCAGAUCCAAAUUGAAGGUGAUUUCUUACAAUGCUCUUUCUCUAUACUGGAAGAGCAGCCCAUGGAUAUGCUUCUAGGCCUAGACAUGCUCAAGAGACACCAAUGUUCCAUUGAUUUGAAGAAAAACGUGCUGGUGAUUGGCACCACUGGCACACAGACUCAUUUUCUUCCUGAAGGAGAGUUACCUUCAUGUGCUAAGAUCGUCAAUGGUACUGGGCAAGAAGAGUCUUCAGGCAAGGAAGCAGCAGAUAAUAUUAAACAUUCAUUCAUGAAUUCAGGACGGAAAAAGCAUUGAAGCAGGUUAGAAACAUGCCACCACCUUGAGGGAGCCUCAGGACCCAGGAAAUUAUAAGACAUGAGCUCACUGGCAAUGUAAUCAUUAAAGACAUCAGUAGCAACCAAACCUGGCCUUGGGACUAAGUUCUCCGUUGGGUAACUAUAUAAAUCGUGAUUGCUUGUUCUUGGCCCCUCUUCUAUUUCCCUUAUCCAAAGAUCACUGAACCUCAUCCUGGGAAGGGUCUGGAGGCUCCAGCUGAUUUCCAGAAAAUCCAUGAAAAGGAAAACCAGUCUCUUCUUUUAAAGACACUAUCCUAUCAGAUUACAGGGUGGCUUGUCCAAACAACUUACUAUUUUGCAGAUUUCCCUGGAAAAAAGCCAUUGCUGCAGAACUUACAAGGCAUCUACACGAAAUUAUUUCACAUCAGCACUAACAGUUAUUUAUACUCAGAGAAAUAUGUCUAUUUUCACAGAUUUUGUUUUCUUUGGGAAAAGUAUUAGAAAUGAUGGGUCAGUUAUACUCUUAAAUUGAUUAAUAUUAUGUCUGUUUUGAGCAGCAUAAGGGCCAAUUUCCUCAUAUUUACUUACAACUUCCCAUCCCCUGGAUUCCCCUGGAGUCAUGCUCACUGCAAUCCCCUGCUAAGGGCCAUAUUACACAGAAUAAAUUUCCUCCUAGAAUGUCAUAAAUUAAUUUUCUCUUUCCCCUGCAUUUAAGGAAGACUUGGUUGUAAAACAAAGGCAAUAAAUUAGUAUUUUUUUUUUAAAUUAUGGUACUUCUUGGAAGCCUAGUGGUUGUAUCGCAGUGGAGUGAGAGGUAGGAGCAGGCAGUGGUCCAAGUUUUCUAAUACUCAUUUCAACUAGAUCAUCUACCUUUUAAAAAAAUCUGCUUUAUAUAUUAAGCUCCUCCUGCAUACAUACUAUUUGAAGAAAGGGCUUCACUGUUAAAAUAACAUUUGGAAAAUUCUGAAUGAGAAGAUCCCUAAUGCUUCAUUCAGAUUAAAAUCUGUUCAGACAAAGCUACUCUUCAUUACUACUGAUAGUGAGAAAUGGAAGAUCCUAGACCUAAUUACAACCCAUGGCUAAAACACCUGAGAGAAAAGGUUCAGCUACCUGGGGCCAUCGGAUGCAAGGAAAAUGUUUCAGGACAAUAAUUCAUCAAGACUGGUAUUAGAACAGUGGAUUAAAAGUCAAGAAGCAUAUGUUUUGAUCCUAGCUCUUCACUACUUAGACAAUCAGUUCACCAACUUUGCAGUUCAGAUUCCUCAUCUAUAAAUUGUUUCAGAGGUGAGGGGGUCGCUUUUCAGGUGUUAAAACUCCAUUAUGAUCUAGGAUAUCUUUUAAAUUAUGCUAUUUUCCCAACAAGAUCUAAAGCCACUGAAAGCAUUUCCAAAAGCUACAGAUAAAUCCUCCCCUAUAAUCCCCACAUUCCUUUUUUGGGUUUGCUUCUUGGUGAUACUAAUCACCCUUUUUCUAAAAACAGUCACUGUUCUCUUUCAGCCACCAUCAAUUCACCUCUAAGUUUUAUUCUUUCUUAUAGGUGUUCCCAUGCUCACAUUCACCAAUCUUGUCUAUAUUUGCACCAAGAUUUACACUUAGAACUGCUAAAAAUGACCAAAUGGAUAGAUUUCUACUUUUGUUGCUAAUUAAGCACUCAAGACAAAUGCAAUAAAUGGAAAAGGAAGACAUUCAGAAUAAAGUCAGCGAUAAGCAACCUGAUAAAUUCAUAGAUUCUCUCGCAGAUAAAAAUAUGCAAGAUCCUUAGCAUCUUCUUCUGAACUCAAUUUUAAGGUCCAUUUAUGCAAAAAAUAUCUGAUUUGCAUAUGCCACAUGGGACUCUUCAAUGUCAAACACAAGUUUAUUAUAUGGUCUAUCAGGAUGUCUAGCCCCAAAAAGCUAGUGUAAAAAUCACAGAAUCUUCAAGGUAAAAGAUAAUUUACAUGACCCUGCUUUCUCAGAGGAACAUACUUUCUGAGGUAGCUAUAAUGUUUUGGAACAAGUCUCAGGUAUAAUUCUUUGUUUCUUAUUUUGAGCUGAAAUCUACUGUCCUGUAACUUCCAAUAAAUUGUCUUCAUUCUUC